AUGAUACGCUCUUCACAACGCCAGAACUCGGCGGUUCUAACAAGCCUACGGAGAAUAACAUCACAACCCGCUAGUACCUUGCGAACAAGACUAUCGUUGGCCUACACUACUCAGCAAACCGCCGUUAAUAUAUCAAAUCACUCAAGAAACCGCUCAUGUUUAAAACCACUCAAUCCCUUAACAAAAAAUGGGCUCGGCCACGCGAGACGCCUCCUCUCAAAUUCACAUUCUAGUAUUGAAACUCGCACGGAAACUGAUGCCUUUGGCGAAGUUCAGGUACGUGCAGACCGAUAUUGGGGUGCCCAAACGGAAAGGUCUCUGGAAAAUUUCAAAAUCAAUCAGCCCCAGGACCGAAUGCCGCCGCCUAUUAUCAAGGCAUUUGGUAUCUUGAAAGGGGCUGCAGCAACAGUUAACAUGCAGUAUGGACUUGAUCCCAAGAUUGGAGCGGCUAUUCAGACAGCUGCGAAGGAAGUCGCUGACCUCAAGCUGCUUGAUCACUUUCCCUUGGUAGUCUGGCAAACCGGUUCUGGGACGCAGUCAAACAUGAAUGCGAAUGAGGUUAUUUCCAACCGUGCCAUUGAGAUUCUAGGGGGAAAGAUGGGCAGCAAGAAGCCAGUUCAUCCCAAUGACCACGUCAACAUGAGCGCUUCCUCUAAUGAUACUUUUCCAACCGUCAUGCAUAUUGCGGCGGUCUUGGAAACCGAGAAUGAGCUCCUUCCAGCCAUCAAGUCGUUGCGCAGUGCGCUGCAAGCCAAGGUCGAUUAUUUCACAGAACAGAAUAUCAUCAAGAUCGGCCGAACUCAUCUCCAGGAUGCAACUCCUCUUACCCUAGCUCAAGAAUUCUCUGGAUACGUUGCACAACUCGACCUUGGGGCCAAGCGGGUGGAGGCCUCGCUAUCAGAUCUUCGGCUACUCGCGCAAGGUGGGACUGCAGUCGGCACUGGUAUUAAUACCUACCAAGGUUUUGCCGAAGCAAUUGCGACUGAAGUCACUCAAAUGACUGGCACAGUCUUCAAGACAGCCCCAAACAAGUUCGAAGCUCUUGCCGCUCACGAUGCCCUUGUCGAAGCCCAUGGAUCUCUCAAUACCUUGUCGGGAUCUCUCUUUAAAAUUGCUCAGGACAUCAGAUACCUUGGAUCUGGUCCUCGCUGCGGCCUCGGGGAACUUUCGUUGCCUGAGAACGAGCCGGGAAGCAGCAUCAUGCCUGGAAAAGUGAACCCCACUCAAUGUGAAGCAUUGACUAUGAUAUGCGCACAGGUGAUGGGAAACAACGUCGCCACUACGAUUGGUGGCAUGAAUGGACAAUUCGAACUUAAUGUCUUCAAGCCAAUUAUCAUCCGUAACUUUCUUCACAGCCUGCGUAUUCUCACAGACGGUAUGCGUAGCUUCGAAAAGAAUCUAGUGCAUGGUCUUGUUGCCAACGAAAAGAAAAUUGCUACUAUUUUACAGGAAUCGCUCAUGUUGGUGACUUGCCUGAACCCCAAGAUUGGAUACGAUAUGGCCAGUAAAGUUGCGAAAAACGCACACAAGAAGGGGCUCACCCUGAAAGAGUCAGCCAUGGAACUGCAGGCGCUCAGCGAAGAAGACUUUGAUCGGCUCGUCAGACCUGAGCUAAUGCUUGGGCCGGAAGCGUAUCGCAAGAGCUAG